AUGUAUGCUUCACGUCAUCAUUGGGCAAAAGCAUACUUGAAAGAUAUAUUUUUUGCCGGAAUGACCACAAGUGGCCGAAGUGAGAGCAUUAAUGCAUUUUUUGAUGGAUAUGUCAACUCUAACACAAUGUUAAAUGAUUUUGUUAUCCAGUAUGACAAAGCAAUCAAAUCUAGGAGGGAUGCAAAGGAAGAUGAAGAUUUCAAAACUAGAAAUACUAAAGCAGUUUUGGAGACUAAUCAUCCUAUUGAAGCAAUAGCUGGAGAACAGUACACAAGAAAAUUAUUUGAAAUUUUCAAGAAGGAGUGGAAGGCGGCCAUACCUGAUUAUUUUCAUGAAAAGAUUGCAACAGAGAAAAACCUUAUCACGUACCGGGUGGGGUCUCCUGAAGUUGAAAAAGAAUGGUUAGCAGUUGUCAAGUACCAUUUGACAGAAUGCUUCACAGCUCAAUGUUCGUGUGCAAAGUUUGAGACUAUGGGAAUUUUGUGUAAACAUAUUCUAUACAUUAUGAAGAAGAAACAAAUAAUGACCCUUCCCGAAAAAUAUAUCUUGUCUAGAUGGACUAUGAAUGCAAGCUAUAAGGCUGAAAAUCUUGUAUCCAUUCAUGAUGAAACAAAUCCUAAUGAAAUUAAUGCAUUGUAUUUGUGGUCAAUUCAUUCGAAGUGCACUAUGGCUAUUUCUGAAGCAAGAGAUUCUAUUUUUGAGAUUAAAAUGUUUGAUGCUAUGGUUGCUGAAUUUCUGCAACGACAGUUGGAAAGAAAAAGAAAAAGAGGUGAAGAUGAACUAAUUACCCAAAUGAUUCCACAAGCUUCACUCAUUAAUGAUGUGCGUGAUCCCACUCAACCAAUCAAAACCAAAGGGCAUCCAAAGGUUGCUUCACGAAUAAAAUCAAGCAUGGAGUUGUCGACUAAACAACAAAAAAACUUGUAG